CCGCGCUGUGCUGCCCAUCCAUGGGUGCCUGGCCGACCGGGGCUGGGCGUGCACCUUGGCUGCCGACCUGCACUCUCUCCCUGGACCCAGUGGAUUGACGGCCGCGAUGGGGUGGCUCUAAGGAAGUGCGUGGGACAGUGUGUGGAUGGCGGCCAUGGGCGGCACUGGGGCCUGAGACUCCUGUCACCCAGCUGCUGCACAGGCCCCAUGCGCCAGGUGGCCCUGGGAGCACAAAGGGCUGGGACUUGAGUGCUAGAGCCGGGGCCCCGGGGGCUCCUGCUUGCUCGCCCGCCCGCCCCCAUGUCUCUUGCCCUGAAAGCCCGGCAGAAGGUGCGGCGGAAAGGGGCCACCAAGGACCGGGUCUUCGGCUGCGACUUGCUGGAGCACCUGCAGCAGUCGGGCCAGGAAGUGCCCCAGGUGCUGAAGAGCUGCACGGAGUUCGUGGAGCACCACGGCAUUGUGGACGGGAUCUACAGGCUUUCGGGGGUCUCGUCUAACAUCCAGAAGCUGAGGCAGGAGUUUGACAGUGAACGCAGCCCCGACCUCAACAAGGAUGUGUAUCUGCAGGACAUCCACUGUGUCAGCUCCCUGUGCAAGGCUUACUUCCGGGAGCUGCCUAACCCCCUCCUCACCUACCAGCUCUACGACAAAUUUGCGGAUGCAGUGGCCAUUCAGAUGGAGGAGGGACGGCUGGUGAAGAUCAAGGAGGUUCUUAAGGAGAUGCCUUCGCCACACUACAGGACCCUGGAGUUUCUGAUGAAGCACCUGGUCCACAUGGCCUCCUUCAGUGCCCAGACCAACAUGCACGCCAGGAACCUGGCCAUCGUCUGGGCCCCCAACCUGCUCAGGUCCAAGGACAUCGAGGCCUCUGGGUUCAAUGGCACAGCUGCCUUCAUGGAGGUGCGGGUCCAAUCCAUCGUGGUGGAGUUCAUCCUUACCCAUGUGGAGCAGCUCUUUGGAGACGCCCCCCUCUGCAGAAACGACCGCAACAGCCUCAGGAAGUCCCUGCUCCUAUCAGGUCCCCUUCCUGAUGGCCAGAGCUUCCCCUACAAUAUGCCCACCACCCUGCACCCGGGGGACGGCCCCCCACAGAUGCGCCCCUACCACACUAUCAUCGAGCUUAACGAGCACAAAAGAAAAGGCUCCUUGAAGGCCAAGAAAUGGAGGUCAAUCUUCAACCUGGGCAGAUCCAGCAAUGACUCCAAGCGCAAGAUGACCAAAGCAGAGGAUAAAGACGAUAAGUCUGGCAAGGUGUGCCUGCGACCAGCGAAGAGCAUGGAUUCCCUUAGCUCCGUGCCCUGCGCCAACGAGGAUGACACCCGGCUGGGCAGGAAGCGGUCACAGAAGCAGCCCCCCCAGCGCCGGGAGAGCUUUGACAGCCCGUCAUCGCGGGAAGACAGCUUCUUGGAGUCGGAGGAGUUCCCCGAGGAGAGGCUCAAAGGCGAGGAGGGGCAGAAGAUGGUGGAGUCCGAGGGGGAGGCCACAGCCAAGUCAGAGCCCACGACGCCCAAGCCGGGGCGGGCCUCGCUGGUGGGCCGCUCCCCAAAGGCCACGCGGAACCGGGCGGAGAAGUGCGCUGGGGUCCACAUCUCCGGUCCCUUCUCCGUCACCGUGCCCUUCCACAUCACCUCCAACCUCUCCCUGUCCCGGCUGACCCGGGGGCUGGAGUGCCCUGCCCUGAGCUACUGCAAGGAAGCCUCUGAGAGCCCUGCGGUGCCCGAGGGGGGAGCCAGCAAGAAGCAGGCUGCUGAAGCAGGGCCAGCAGCUGAGAGUGCCUGCAGCACAGAGGAUGCCCUGGGGAGCUUCAGCAAUGUCAGCAACAGCUGCUGCAGCUGGGUUGAAAGGCAACAGACCCCCAACCCCCCAGCAGCAGGAACCACGGCGGAAGGCCCCGAUACGGAGGAGACCCGCAUCUCCUUGGAGCUACGGGAUUCCUUCUCAUUCCUGGACAGCCAGGACGCUUGGCAGGAUGAUGGGGCUGAAGGCGACCCGCUACCAAGGAGCCGCCUGGGAGAGACUGGCCCCAGUCUGGCUAGGGGGAUGAUGGACGGUUUCUCAGCGAUGGAUGAGGACAUGGAGAGCGGGUUCAUGAAUCCAGAGGAGUUUUCGGUGGAGCCACCCCCGAACUACUUCUCCAUUGAGGAAUGCAUGAACGAGGAGGUGUACUACAUGGCCUACAGCAGCUCAGAAAGCGAGGACCUCUACCGUGAGACAGACUCCGAGGACGCCUUCAUGAGUGCCCAUGAUGACCUGAGUCCCUUAGCCAGUGAGCUGGAGAACCUCCGGGAGCCUGGUGGAGACCCAGCUCCGGGCACAGCUCUCCUGCAGAAGGGGCUGGAAGGAGACGCAACUCCAGAGCCCCUCUGCCAACAGCCCGUGAGCCUGGUGGAAGAAGCAGCUUCUGCUGGAGCCCCAAGUGGCUCCUCGUCCUCUGGCGAAGAUGGCACAGCAGAGGCGCCUCUGCCAGGCAGCUUAGCCAAGCUGUGUCUGAGAGAGGAGGCCUCAGGGGACCCCUGUGUCCAUCUGCAGCAGCCAGAGCUCAGUGCAGGCACCCCCCAAGAAGGCAUGAAGGAGUGGGAUGAAGAAGACCUGCUCCUUGAAAGUGACUGUUCUUUGCCCAGCGAAGGGCCAGGCUCACCUUGGGCUGAGGCCACCGCUGGCAGUGUCCCCUUAGCAAGGUGCGAGGGCAUCUGGGAACAAAAGAGCAGAACAGGCUCCGAAGGAAAGGAACAGGGCUGGGGCCCAGUGGGUGCUGAGCCAAUCCCACAGGUUUCUGGCGCAUCUGUCCAGGAGGGCUCUGGUCACGCCAGAGAGAGGGAAGUGAGUGCUGGUCCCUCAGCAACAUCCACUGGGCAGCUGCAGAGUGGGAAGGGCUGGGCUCAGCCUCACACUGGGGCUGCUCCAGCUGCCACACAGGGAACAGGUUUCACAGCUGGCCCUGACCCCUGGCCGGACACAGGCCCAGAGGCUGCCAUGGCCCCUGCUCCCGAAGAGGGUCCUGACACAGCCCUUGUCCUUACUAUGCACAGCUUUGAGAGCGCCACGGACCUUGUGGCUGAGAACGGCCAUGAGACUCAUCCCUUCUUUGAGAAUCUCCCUGAAACCACUCUGUCUCCUGAGGACUCCCCCAGGGUCACCCCCUCACUGGGGUGCAGCUCUGCUGGUGCCCCGCAGGGACCUGAGCAUCCCAUGCCAGCAGCCCCCCUUGCAGCAGAACCCGGCUUACACAUGGGGCUGCGCCCCGAUGGCAGCGUCCUCAUGAGGCUGACGGCCAGCACCAUCCGUGUCCAGCAGGUGAAGUCUGUCCCGGUGGUGCCGCCCAAGCCCCAAUUCGCCAAGAUCCCUCCUGCCCUGAAGCCCAAGGUCCCACCAGGGGAAUUUUCGACCUGGCCCCAGCCGACUAUGCCGGAGAAGGGUGGGGAGCACUGGAGGGCCCCACCGCAGAGGCAGUCGCACCCCGUCAGCCUGGACACAAGUGGCGGGGGCCUGGGGGCCACAGAUUUCAGCAAGGAAUCAUCCUUCCAGAAGCCGUCCAAGCUGGAGAAGCGCCACAGCAGCGCUGACAGCCCUGACCCGAUCUCGGAUGCCCUGCUCAGGCAGCGGCGAGCCAGCUGGCGGAGCGGCACCAGCAUGUCCUUCGAUGAGGCCGUGGCCCUGGCCAAGGAGAGGCACCUGGCCCAGGGCCCUGGGCAGAGGAUCCAGACCUACUGCGGGGAGAACGUCCAAGAGGCGCCCAGCCCCACCAAACCAGAGAAGCUGUCCCCCAUUCCCAAGCCGGCUCUGAGGGCCCUGGGACAGCGUCCCCUGCACACACUCAGCUGCACAGGGACCCCACUCUCCCCCGACAGCUCGGCUGUAGGAAAGCACCCAUUCCAGGUCACCGGGCUCGACCCUGCCUGUGAAUCCCGACCGCCGCUGAGCCCAGAACCAGCACCCUUUGCUCACGAUCUUCCUCCCAGGAACAGGUUGAGCCUGCCCAGGCUGGGCCUGCGGCCUGUUGAUGGGGAGGAGCCCACCGGCGCCAUGCCCCAACAACGGCGGUCCCUGGCUCUGGAGGUCCGAGGCAGCCAUGAGGCAACAGAUUUCUGAGCAUGUGGAGGGACCUGCACUGGCCGGUGGGCGGGCGACAGUGCUGGCACCCCAGCCCUCACUCACUGCCCUCUCAGCAUCUGGGAAAUGGCGUGUUUUGUCCAUGGUGUGUGCUGCAGGAGAGGAUCUCACCAUCUGUACUAGCCUGGCUGCACUGCAGGGUUCACACGAGCCCCAACCAGCCCAUGCUGGUACCCUCAGACACUUGGGCUUAACAAACUGCUCCUCCCUUUCUCCUCCAUCAGGCUGAGAUCCCCCUGCUUCACAGAGAAGUCCCCCAGCCUGUUUGGCCAGGGCACGAGCCAGCCCACUUGCAACGCGCUCUGAACUACUGAGCUAAAGGCUCUUGGCGCCACAUCAGGGCAGGCUUUGCUAUGAGUAACGUGCGGUUGCAUUCUCAGGAGUGCCAAGUCUCCGCGCAGAAGCUGAUGGGCGCUGCGGGGACUCUGCUCCGCAAGCGCUCUGAAGAGCGACAGCAGGUUGUCUGCAAAUCCACAGGGUGCACUGUGGUGCGACCCACAGCAACCAGCCCCGCAGUCACAGUUGCUCAGGCCACCCAGACCUUGCAGCCAUCUCCUCUCUUGCUUAUAGGAAAUUUGCUGGACGAGAAACAGCUCCCCUGAUGGAGAACUCAGCUCCAAGACUUCCCCAGCGCCCACUCUGCCUGUUACCUCUUAGCUGCAGGCCGGGCCACAGGUUACUGCCCCCUCCAUCCUCACAGCACAUCCCGACCCCACCAGCAGGCACUCAGCAUGGUGAAUAUUUGUUUGGGGGAUCCAAGUGGAGGUGCUGAGAUCGAGGCCUGGGAGACGGUGCCUGUUUCAAAGAAUCCCCUGGCUCUGCUCCGCUGCCAUCCUCACGGGCUCCAGUCUUGCCAAAAAGGCCAAGGAAGGAAUGAGCCCAAGACAGACUCUGAUGGGAAAGCACUGGGCUGGAAGGGAGGUGGGGUGGGCUGGAGGGGUGCACAGGCCUUGCCUACUGCUGGCCUCCUCAAACUAAAAGGGGCAGCAAGGGUUUGUUGCACAAACGGCUAGUUUCGUGCCCCUGGAGGCUUGUCCAAUCCACCCCUAGGAGAGAGUCACACACAGGCUGGGUUCAAUUUCAGAUUUAUUGUUUGCAAACAAGUUCAA